AUGACCCCGGGUGCAUGGACAACGGAUUUCAGAGAACUCGACUACGACGGUAUAUGGGCCGCGGAGAAUGGCUGGGGCCACCAACUUGCCCUCAAAUAUCAACUGGAGCCAUGCCGCCCUAUAAUGUGCUGCCCGGAUGAUGGAUUCGUUGUAUUUGAGGAUAGGAGGGGGCUUCGUGAGCUGACUUUCCCGACAACCAUGGAUGAAAUCAUUGAGGUCCUCGUGGAGAAAGGCUUGAACAAAGACUCAGUGAAGGUCAAGGACGUGCAUCCACCUGCAAAGAAGGUGUGA